UUUACAAAAACCUCAAACAUUGUUAACUGAUUUUAGUUCUGCCAGCGAUGAUGCCUGAGGGGUGAUCACAUUGUUUCGAGCAUGAGAAGACACAGUCAAAUUCAUCUCUCUCAUGCUCUGUUGUGUGCCAUCCUGUGUUUGCUUUGGUCUGUUGUCACGGUCUCACCGGCAACUGAGAAGGAGAUUUUACUUCAAUUCAAGGGUAACAUCACGGAUGAUCCCCGCAACAGCUUGAGUUCGUGGGUUUCAAGUCGAAACCCUUGCCAAGAUUACAUCGGUGUUUCUUGUAACUUGGAAGGAUUUGUAGAAAGAAUCGUCCUUUGGAACACUAGCUUGGGUGGGGUUUUGUCCCCAGCAUUGUCGGGGUUGAAGAGGUUGAGGAUAUUGACAUUGUUUGGGAAUCGCUUCUCCGGUAAUUUCCCAGAAGGAUAUGCUGAUCUUCACUCGUUGUGGAAGAUCAAUUUGAGCUCCAAUGCGUUAUCUGGUUCAAUCCCUGAGUUCAUAGGUGAUUUGCCUAGCAUUCGCUUUCUAGAUUUAUCAAAGAAUGGCUUCACUGGGGGGAUACCUUCAGCAUUGUUUAGGUACUGUUACAAAACCAAGUUCGUUUCUCUUUCUCAUAACAAUCUUGUUGGUCCAAUUCCUGACUCGUUGGUGAAUUGCUCCAACCUCGAAGGAUUUGAUUUUUCCUUCAACAAUCUGAAUGGGGUUGUCCCUUCUCGACUUUGUGAUAUUCCUAGGUUAUCAUAUGUAUCUUUGAGAAGCAAUGCCUUAUCAGGGAGUGUGCAAGAGCACAUUUCGGCAUGCCAAAGUCUGACACAUUUGGAUUUUGGUAGUAAUAGAUUCACCGAUUUGGCCCCAUUCAGCAUCUUUGGAAUGCAAAAUCUUACCUAUUUCAAUAUAUCGUAUAAUGGGUUUGAAGGACAAAUUCCUGAGAACACUACCUGUAGUGAGAAAUUAGAAAUCUUUGAUGCUUCGGGAAAUAAUUUGGAUGGGGAGAUUCCCUCCAGCAUAACUAGAUGCAAGAGCCUAAAGCUCUUGGCCUUGGAGUUGAAUAGGCUGGAAGGGAGUAUCCCAGUUGAUAUUCAGGAAUUGCGAGGACUAUUGGUUAUCAAAUUGGGUAAUAAUUCCAUAAGUGGAAUGAUUCCCAAGGGUUUUGGCAACAUUGAGCUACUUGAAUUGCUGGAUUUGCACAAUCUAAACCUCACUGGCGGAAUUCCAGUUGAUAUAAGCAAUUGCAAGUUUCUUCUUGAGCUGGAUGUUUCUGGUAAUAACUUAGAGGGCGAGAUUCCUCAGACCCUUUACAAAAUGACAAACCUGGAAGCCCUUGAUCUACAUCAUAACCAGCUUAAUGGAAGCAUCCCACCAAGCCUAGGAAACCUAUCAAGGAUCCAAUACCUAGAUCUGUCACAUAAUUCACUUUCUGGUUCAAUCCCUCCUUCCCUUGGAAAUUUGCAAAAAUUGACACAUUUUGAUCUCUCAUUCAACAAUCUCUCCGGUGUCAUUCCUAAUAUUGCAACCAUACAGCGUUUUGGUGCAUCUGCCUUUUCCAAUAAUCCUUUUCUCUGUGGUGUUCCUUUGGACACCUCUUGCUCAGCAAACGGAACUAGAUCACCUUCAGCUCCUGGGAAGACUAAAGUUCUAAGUGUGUCUGCAAUUGUUGCAAUUGUUGCUGCAGCUGUAAUUCUAACUGGGGUUUGUUUGGUGACCAUCAUGAAUAUUAGGGCUCGUCGUAGAAAAAAAGAUGAUGAUCAGGUUAUGAUUGUUGAGAGCACACCUCCUGGAUCAUCAGAAUCAAAUGUUAUAAUUGGAAAGCUGGUACUCUUCAGCAAAAGUUUACCAUCAAAAUAUGAAGAUUGGGAGGCAGGUACCAAAGCAUUGCUUGACAAAGAGUCUUUGAUUGGUGGCGGAUCCAUCGGCACAGUCUACAAAACUGAUUUUGAAGGUGGCAUCUCAAUUGCAGUGAAGAAGCUUGAGACUUUGGGAAGGAUAAAAAACCAGGAGGAAUUUGAGGUUGAAAUUGGGAGACUAGGCAACCUUCAACACCCUAAUUUAGUUGCUUUUCAAGGUUACUAUUGGUCCUCUUCAAUGCAGUUGAUUCUAUCAGAGUUUGUACCAAACGGGAAUCUCUAUGAUAAUCUACAUGGGCUUGGCUAUCCUGGAACCAGCACCAGUAGAGGCAAUAGGGAAUUGUUUUGGUCUAGAAGGUUCCAAAUUGCAGUUGGAACAGCAAGAGCCCUUGCCUAUCUCCACCAUGACUGUCGACCUCCAAUUCUUCAUCUAAACCUUAAAUCCUCUAACAUACUUUUAGAUGACAAUUAUGAAGCUAAGUUGUCUGAUUAUGGGCUAGGAAAGUUACUUCCCAUAUUGGAUAAUUACGGUCUGACCAAGUUCCAUAAUGCAGUUGGAUACGUUGCACCAGAGUUGGCUCAAAGCAUGAGACAGAGUGAGAAGUGUGAUGUUUACAGUUUUGGGGUCAUUCUUUUGGAGCUUGUUACAGGGAGGAAGCCUGUAGAAAGUCCAACCACAAAUGAGGUGGUGGUUUUGUGUGAAUAUGUAAGAGGUUUAUUGGAGACUGGCUCAGCUUCAAAUUGCUUUGACAGAAAUUUAAUUGGCUUUGCUGAGAAUGAAUUAAUUCAGGUUAUGAGAUUGGGACUCAUUUGUACUUUGGAGGAUCCUUUAAGGAGACCAAGCAUGGCUGAGGUUGUCCAAGUCCUUAAGUCCAUUACAAAUGGAUUGGAAUCACAUUAACCAAUUAGAGUUUUUCCAUGGAACUCAGUAUCAAAGUAAUUGCUUUAUUUGCUAAAUUAUUCCAGGAAAGGAGGUACCAGAUAGAGCAUCCAUGGAAGAAAUUUGUUAAAUUACUUAGGCAUUCA